UUUUUUUAAUUUAACAAAACCCUUAAAACCACAAAAUUGAGUAACUCCCAUCAAAUCUGCCGUUGUCUCUUUGAACUCAACUGACCGGCUACUAACCGCAGUCAGAGUUCGUCGUCAGACGCAAUAGAGAGCUGCCCAGGUACUUGUUUAUUGAAAAUGUUGGCUAUCGAUUCUACAAGAAAGAUGUCAUUUAAUAGAACAAUUAGUAACGGUGAUUUGGCAAUUGUUUAUGCAAGGCAUGACAACAUGAAGCCAGUAACGGUAUCUGAGGGAUCGGUUUUACAGAAUCGAUUCGGUGUUUUUAAACAUUCAGAUUGGAUAGGAAAGUCAUUUGGGUCUAAAGUAUUCAGCAAUAAGGGCGGUUUUGUUUACUUAUUAGCACCUACUCCUGAAUUGUGGACUUUAGUUUUAAGCCACAGGACACAGAUUCUAUAUAUUGCAGAUAUCAGCUUUGUUGUUAUGUAUUUGGAGAUUGUUCCUGGUUUUGUCGUUCUUGAAUCUGGUACUGGAAGUGGGUCUUUAACUACUUCACUUGCAAGGGCAGUUGCUCCUACAGGACAUGUUUAUACGUUUGAUUUUCACGAACAAAGAUCUGGAUCAGCUAGGGAUGACUUUGAGAAGAUUGGUAUAAGCAGCUUAGUCACUGCAGGAGUGAGGGACAUUCAAGGCGAGGGAUUUCCUGAAGAAUUUGCUGGCUUGGCUGAUGCAGUUUUUUUGGAUCUGCCUCAACCUUGGCUAGCUAUUCCUUCAGCUGCAAAAAUGUUACGACAUGACGGCACUUUAUGUUCUUUCUCCCCCUGUAUUGAACAAGUACAACGAUCAUGUGAAACAAUGCAAUCCAACUUCACCGAUAUAAGGACUUUUGAGGUACUCCUACGGACAUACGAAGUUCGAGAAGGGAAAAUGGAAAGCUUAGAGAUUGACGGUGAUGACGGCUCUAAUGGUUCUCUUCCUCCUUGCAAGAGGAGGCAACGUUCAGAUGGAGCUAGUGUGGUUAGCUAUCCGAGUUCUUCUUCUGUUAUGGCUAGACCAUGUGGUGAAGCUAGAGGUCACACUGGUUAUUUGACAUUUGCAAGACUUAAUUAAAUGUCUGUCAUCAAGAUUAUUAUUGUAAUUUUAUGAUCUAUUCAAUUUUGACCUCAUACAACAGUUUAUUUUUAUCUUGAUUCACAACAAUUAUGUGGAUGGUUUCUGGUAAUUGUAAUCUCCGUAUAGGAAAUUCAUGUUUGGACAAUGUCCUUUUUUUUGUUUUAUAAUUAUAAUAUUUGAUAAUUCUGUAUUACAGUCACCGGAUGAAGAGGUUUGAUUUAAUGGGUGGAGAUUGAACAGCUCAUAAUGUGAA